AUGCCAACACAAAUCUCGCUUCUCGUGUACAAAGGCGUGCCAGUAGACUUCUCCAAAUACCGACACACAGCGCUGCACGCCCUCUACUCCGACGGCCAAUAUGAUUGGCUUCAUGCUGUCGGCGCACACCCUUUCUUCAAAUUUCAAAAGGACACAGAGAACCCGAUUUCUGAGCCGCCAAUAGCCUGGAUUCCUGUAUGUACGGUGCCGGACUCUGUCACUAGGGAGAAGAUUAUUUGUGCAUGUGCUUGCACGCCGGUGCGCAAUGGCAAUAGCGACCGAGACUGGAACUGCCAGAACUGGGUGGGGGAGGCCUUGACUGAGCUCGUCAAGAUUGGCUGUUUGACCAAAGAAGAGCGCGGAGUGGCGAUUGGUAAAAUGGUGGAGAUUAUCUUAGAAGCGGAGCUGGAAGACGAUGGGAUGUAUUAG